CGUACCACAGCUCCACGAGGGGUGAUGAGAUAUCGGGCCAACAGCAAAUUCACAGUUUUCAUGCCUGGGGGUCGCCAGCUUCAUUCAGGGAACCUUGUGGGAUUCAUGUAGGAACGCGGGGGAGUCUGUACUGAGCUGCGCGUCUCCUCAGACCGGCGCGUGUCGGUGAUCGCGCGGCUCUCCUCGGGGGGGACUAACCGAGAGGGCGAAUCAAUGUGAGUGCCGGGCAGCGGCGCGCGGAGUGCCGAUAGUUCGCGCCCCUGCCGCCAGUCGCGAGCCGUCGACUGCCGCUGCCGGCGCACUUCGCGGGACGUGCGGGGCAAGAACGAGGAGUCUCCGUCCGUGCAGACGCGGGACUCAAGCGAACACAGGAAGAACAGCGGAUUUAAAUUAAGUAAGCGGGAGAACUGUUGUUGAGCCUUCGAGCGAGCGAGGGAGGGAGAGAGGCCGGCGUUUUGUACCUAGACUGGGGGGAGGAGGAGGAGGAGGAGGAGGAGGAGGAUGAGCUAUUCCUGUAACAGCGCAGGGGCUGUGUGCAGCAGCAGCAGCAGCCAGGAUCCGUCCACCCCUCGGACACCGCGCGCCAAUAAUCCUGGCAGCGUUAGCGGCGGAAACUCCAGCACUUCCAACAAGAGCACCUGUUCCCGCGGCAGCCCGGCGAAACCGAGCCCCGAAGCCCCAGCGGCCAUGAAGGUGAAGAAGGGCUGUAACUCGACGGAUGUGGGGGUCCCGGCCACUACAGAGGAGGAACUGCUCACCAAAUCCAUCAUCACUCCCGAGGAUGUACUGGGGCUGCAGAAGAUCACGGAAAAUUACUUGUGUGGUCCAGAUGAGAACAUUUACAGCAUUGACUUUACAAGAUUCAAGAUUCGGGACAUGGAGACAGGCACGGUGCUGUUUGAAAUCACGAAGCCCCCAUCCUCUGAGAAAGUGGGGGAGAAGAAGGACUUGGACCCUAAUGCUGGACGCUUUGUACGCUACCAGUUCACCCCUGCCUUUUUGCGGCUACGUCAAGUUGGAGCCACGGUGGAGUUCACAGUGGGCGACAGGCCUAUCAACAACUUCCGCAUGAUUGAGAGGCAUUACUUCCGUGAACAGCUCCUGAAGAGCUUUGACUUUGAAUUUGGCUUCUGCAUUCCCAACAGCAAGAAUACCUGCGAGCACAUCUAUGAGUUCCCACCACUCUCUGAGGAACUCAUGCGAGAAAUGAUCCUUCACCCAUAUGAGACCCAGUCUGACAGCUUCUACUUUGUGGACAACAAGCUGGUGAUGCACAAUAAGGCAGAUUAUUCGUACAGCGGUGGGCCUUAGGACUCUAGCAGCCAUGUAUGGAUGGAAGGACGGACAGACAGACAGACAGACAGGCAUGCAGGCAGGCAGGCCAAGGACAGGAGACUAGAAGAUGCUGCAUGUUCUGGCUUUGCUGUAACUUGCACCUGGUCCCCCAUAUUCCAGCUUUCUAUAUGCAGGAAUAGUUUCCCAUCACACACAUGCAUUCGUUUGGCAGGCACUGUAGUCUUAUGAAUUUUAGAGGUUACAGGUUACGGCACACUGAUCCACUUACACAGUUCAGAGAGACAACUUUAAGGUUAAGGGUUCUUUUCCAAGCAAACAGCAGCUGUACUCCUGGGAUCAAAAUCUUCAGUGUUUCUUUUCAACACCAAUCCAAUUCUUUAACCUGGCUGCUACAGCUGGUCACCUGUUUGUAAUGCAUACAAGUCUCCUUUGCCUGUGUGCAUUUGUGUGUCUCUGCUUAUUAAGCCAGGGACCUUGUGGGCACAUUGUGCACUGCUCUCGAUUCAUUUGUUUGCUCAUGUAUAAAUGUGUGUGUGUGCGCACACAUACUGUACCUGGACCAGCCACAGCCUCGCUAGAUUCUGCUCAACAAAUACAUGUACUCUCCAUGGUGCGAUUUACAAGUGAUGUCUUGUUCAGUGCUACAGCCGUGAUUUAACACAUUCAAGUGAAGGUCCAACUACAAGAUUACUGCCAGAUUAGCCCCCAGUACUCUAGUGGGGAAUUUGAACCUCCAGGUCAUAGUUGCUCUUGGAAAAUAUGGCUAUAUCACUAUCAGACAAAUUCACCAGCUGGUGGUGCUGUGAUACUCUGAGCAACAAAACAGCAGCAAAGUGUAUGCUGACUGUAGGUGUCUGAACCUAAACCUUGGGUUAGCAACUGUUACCUUGUGUUGGACAGCCCUUCCCAUAGAGUAAAGUUCAUUCAGAAGCUUGACUUGGCUUCUCUUCAUAUUGCAUGAAAACUCCCUGUUUGUUUCAUCUGCUGGCCAGGUUGCUAUUUCUUUAAACAGAUGCAUUUGACUGAUUUGUUUCCGAUGACCUGCUAAGGAAGAGGAAAGCGGUCUGAGCUUACCAUGUGAUUCAUGGUCUGGUGUCCUGGGGUUGUCUGUCUUUCUGUUUCUAUUUGUUUAUAUGUUUGUUUACAAAUAAGCUUGUAUGUGUGUAUGCAAAUGUGGGUAUAGGUUUUUACACAUGGUUUGUGUGCAACCAUGUGUAUUUCUGUGUGUGUGUGUGUUGACGAAGUGGAUAUUAUCACAUGACAUUCAGCUGUUUCUGGAACACUUGAAUACCCACAAGGUGUGUAGGCAGUUCAUGGGAGAACCCACCUUUACAGUAAUGAAUACCGAGCAUAUGAUUUUAUUUGCUUUCAUUGCUGAAAAGUUAACUUGUUUUAGUGAGUAUCUCCUGGGAGGAGCUUACACCACAUUUAAACAUAGUAAAUUAUAUAAGAACCUGGUUAAAAAUCUCAUAUUUUAAUUGGACUGUCUGAUAUGGUCAUACAGAUUUAUCACGAUACUAUUUUUGAUAAUUUUUGAAUAUAGAAAUUUAUAUAAAUUUGAAGAAUUUAAAAAUUGAUAACAUGGAAAAAUGUGUUUUUAUUUCAGUAAGGUUGAGCAGCAUUAACAGACAGAUAAAAUUCACUGGAUUAUUUUGACAGAUUUAUUUAUGUUAAACUUAUUGGAUGUUUCUUUUGAGAAGUUCUUUAAAUUACUUCAGAGGUUUGGAUUAUUUGUCCACCUGUUGCCUACAAGCUUGUCACAAACCUGCAACCAAGCCAGUCAUUGAUAAUGUUUCCAUUAUUUGUAUAUGUUCGAAUUUUUAGAUCUUGCAGUAUUCCUCAGGAGAAAUCCAUAUCCAUUAUUCCACCCUGGGUUUUCUGUUGAAACCAAAAGGUUGGGCUGGGAUUUAUUUACUCUACAUCGUUUUUUUUUUUUUUUGGUGAAGGGACAACAUACUGCAAAAUUAGGAGCACAGCACACAAGGGUAACCAAACGAAUGACUCACAUAGCACUAGUAGGGCAGUGCACAUCCUGUUGAGAUACAAUGAUAUACCUAGUGCAGUUAUGUUGCUGCUAGAAUUUAAAGGGAACAGCUGUGACAUUGUACUGUGUACUCGGGUGUUAAGCUUGUGUGAUGAAACAUACUUGACAGAAAGAAUGCUGGACAGGAAUCUUCUCACCUCUUCGGAAUAUAGAAUUAUAGUCAUUCAGUAUGUUAAUAAACUGUGCACUCUUUUUUUUUCUUUUUUUUUUUUUAAACUUAAAGGAAUUACUGUUUAAGAUUUUGUAAUCACUGUUAAAUAUGAAACUUCUUGUAGAGCAAACAACACUUGUUAACAUUCCAGAAUCUUCUGUUGAUUGUUCAGGUACAUAUGUAAUUGGGAGGAAAGUCUCAUUGUUUUCUAAGGGUAUGUAGUCAUAUAUUCAUAAUCCACUGUAGGGGACAUAAAUCUGAAUAAUUUGUUUGAAACAAAAAGGAAGUUGAUACCUUAGAGAUUAAAAAAAUGCAGACCUCUGACUUAGUCUAAGAGCUUUAUUUAUGAAAAUAUGAUUAUUGUAAAAUG